UUUUUAAUCAAUUAUUACACAUUACUAAACAAUAUAAUAGUUGAAUCUUAAUAUAUGAUAACGCGUUGUCGAAAAAUUAUUAUUUAAUAAUCGUCUCGUUAAAUUUAUUACACAGUACAUAGCAAAAGUAUUACUACAUAUUACAAUGUAAUAUUAUUUUGUAAUGAUUACAUCUGAUAAAAUUACAAUAUUCAAGUGAAUUGAAAAGUAAUUUAAAUUUACACUUAUCAGCGAUACUGUCACAGAAAAGGCUAGUAGAGAUAAGGAUAUGUAAGCAUACGUAUAGAAAAAACGAAUGAGUAAAGUAUUCGAUUGAAUCAUUUUUUAUUGCCGUUAUAAUAAUGUAAUCUAAACGAUUUUAAAACAAGAGAAAUAAUAAACGAAUAUUCGUGAUAUAAUGCUUGUAUUGUUUUAGUAGGUAAAAAUACUAGCUCGAACGGAACAGAAUAUCUCGAGAAAAAUGUAUUUAAAAAUACGAUAAAAAAUAGAGAUAGCCGCGGGCAAUUGUGUGAGAGUGCCGUUGCUGGAAUGCCACGACAAAGAAUUUUUUUGACAUUAUAUUCCGAAGCAAGAUUAAAAUUAUCGACGACUGUUACAAGUUGGUUUUUCUUAACGAAUUAAAAUAAGUUACAACACGUUUGUUUCUUCACAAUUGCGAGUAAAAAUGAAUUUACAACAGGAUGUCUAUCGUGCAGAAGGAGGAAUUGAACUGUUCAAUAAAAAUAUAUUGGAACGAUUAACAUUACCACAUGUUGAAGGUUUGCUGUUACGACCUCUUAGAUCUACUGAUUAUGAUAAAGGAUUUUUAGAACUUUUGGCACAAUUAACAGAAGUAGGAAAAGUAAAUAAAGAACAGUUUCUAAACAAGUUCCAAAGUAUGAAAAAUACAGGAAUUUAUUACAUCAUUGUUAUAGAAGAUACACAUAGUACUAAGGUAAUUGGAAGUGCCACUUUGAUAUCAGAACAAAAGUUUAUUCAUAACUGUGCAUUGCGUGGACGUUUGGAAGAUGUGGUCGUGAAUAAUAAUUAUAGAGGUAAACAUUUGGGUAAAUUACUUAUUAAUGUUAUUUUGCAACUGGCCCGCUAUUUACAUUGUUAUAAAAUAUCUUUGGAUUGCCGAGAUAAUCUCAUACCAUUCUAUGAAAGUUUAGGUUUUAAAAGAGAACCUAAUAAUGCGAACAGUCUUAAUAUAAGAUUCUCAAAUGAAAGUACUACUGAACAAUCUCAUUUGUGAAUAAAGUACUUAAUUAUUAUCGUUUUUUUUAAAUGUUAAUAUUUUAACUUUUUGUUAAUUAUCGUAUUUAUCACAUAAAUAUUAAACUGUUAUAAAUGAAAGUCCACAAAUCAUAUAAAUUAUAACUG